AAGACACUGUAAAUUCUCUCUUCCAUGGAGGUGAUCAGAAUCACAUCCUCUGGCCACCUGCAUAUGAAACAGAAAUCAUGUGUAGAGCAUGGCAUUAGUUACCGAACUGCAGUGGAAGGGUAAGAUGGAUUUUUUUUUUACUGUACUUGAAAAAGAAGUGAGGAAGGAGUUAAUCAUUGCAAAAUACGUGGUCAUUUCCUGAGCCCUGUGGUUGGAUGAGUACAAACUUUCAACUAUUUCUAAUUCUUCUCUGUCAUUUAAGAGGCUUUCAAGGUGCACUGUCCAUCCCAGACCAGCCUACGCUACGGCUCCCUGAAUGAAAAUUGGCCACAGUGUGUCUACUCAUCCUGCAGUCACAUUUCCCAGUUACUGCACAGGUACAACCCAAGGAAAAGUACUCAGCAGCUUUGUGGGGGAAGAGCAAACUGAACCCAGGCCUCCCCUGUCACCAACCAGCAGCUUACCCACUGCUUCUGAAUCACUUGAGCUCUACUCAUAGAGGAAAUCUGAUCUGUUGCAGCACGGAAACAUCAGUGGUGACCACAUCGAGACAAAUUCCUUAGGGAGCAGCCUGUAAGUCUGAUCAACACUUAAGAUGAAAAGUUUUGCAUUCUCUGUAGCAGGAUGUUACAUGCAGAGUUUAGCUGUAUGAGGGAACUGCUGAGGCAAAAAGGGAAUAUUCAGGAACACAAGCCUCUGCUUUGAGUAGCAAUUCAGACAGUUCUGAAGGAGCUGAAUCCCCAGCAGGAGCAAUACACACUGAAGGUCACUGAGUUUUCUCCAGUGUUAGCUACAUUAAGGUUUCUAAGCCAAGUGUUCAUGAUAUGAUCCAGUGGGUUUAUAGGGAUCAACAUCCACCUUGUGAAUAAUGGUUAAAAACGGAUCCCACCUGGACAGUGAAACACUGGCAAUGCUUCAGAAUAAAGCUAUCUCCAUCACCCUUCCAGUUGUGUAUACACUGGUGGCUUUGAUCAGCAUCCCUGGCAACUUGUUCUCCCUUUGGGUACUCUGCUGGCACAUCAAACCCAAAACACCUUCAGUUAUCUUCAUGAUCAACCUAAGCAUCACAGAUCUCAUGCUCGCCAGCUGCUUUCCCUUCCAGAUUUCUUAUCACAUCCAAAGCAAUCACUGGACCUUUGGCAAGACUCUUUGCAGCCUUGUGACUGUGAUGUUCUACUCCAACAUGUAUUCUUCCAUACUGACCAUGACCUGCAUCAGCAUUGAGCGGUACAUGGGUGUGGUAUAUCCCAUGAAGUUGAUUAAGUGGAGAAGAAAAAGAUAUGCCCUGGCUGCCUGCCUAGGUAUGUGGAUGUUCUUGUUACUGGCCUUCUACCCGCUAGAAAGCACGGAUCUGACCUACGAAGUGAAAGAAUUGGGGAUUAUAACCUGUUUCGAUGUCCUCAAGUGGGAUAUGCUGCCCAACUUUGCAGCCUGGGUAGCCUUUCUCCUCACACUAUUUGUCGUGCUCUUCCUCAUCCCUUUUGUUUUAACAGUUGGGUGCUAUAUUGGUAUAAUUCGGAAGCUUAUUCAGACAUCGAGCAGAUAUGGUAACAGGCAGAAGACUAGAUCCAUAUACCUGGCAAUAAUAGUCCUUCUGGUAUUUGUCACCUGCUUUGCCCCCAAUAACUUUAUCCUACUUGUGCACAUGAUCAUCCGCCUGUUUUAUGGCAGGAGUUUGUACCCUGCCUACAAGCUCACCUUAUGCUUCAGUUGCCUGAACAACUGCAUAGAUCCCUUCAUUUAUUAUUUUGCAUGCAAAGAAUUUUACCAGAAAUUCAUGGAAGUGUUUCGCCCUAAGGUCCUGCUCAGCGACAGUUUGGAAACCAGAAGGGAAAGCUUAUUCUCUGGAAGAACCAUGUCAGCCAGGUCGAUGUCAAGUGGACCUAUGGAUGGGUUAGAGGGAGUAAAGGUCUAUUUGCAAAGGCGAGAGAGUGUUUUUUAGCCUUAGAGAUCCCUAGAAGAAAGGCAUGAGAUCCAUGAGUAGACACAGAAAACAUUUCUUUUUGAAUAGCUACCCUCAAAAUACCUUGCUCCAGUGAUAGACCUCAAGCCAUACUUGUAUCGUACUUCAGUAUUUUCUGCUAAGAAAUGGAAGCGUUGGAGGAACUGAGUUUAUUCAAGAAGGCACUGAAGCAAAUCCGGUAUUGAUUAAUAAGUGUUGGCCUGGAAUUAGUCCUACUGCAUGAAAGCAAGGGAUAAGUUUAGAACAAAAAAUAAUUCCAGGUUGUGUGACCUCAGUGUUUAACCAAAGGCUUGUGAUUCUCGGUGAAUGUGAAAUAUUACUGUAUAUGAACUACAGCAUACACUGAAGUUGGAUUUGGGGUGAGUUAUUUUUAUAAGCAAUGCGCUGAGUUUUUUAUUUGUGGGUUUGGUUUUCUGUUUGUUUUGUUGAAUUGUU